CCCCGCCCUCCCCGCUCACUUUCAGCUCCAGGAUUUCGCACCAAACGCUGCUCUGAUUCAGUCAGUGAACGAUAGCGGCUGAUAUCUCCUGCGAAGCCAAAGACCGAGCACAGUACACGGGCUAACCUUCGUACUCCAAGCGGGUUCUCUGUAAUUCGGUGAAGUAAAAUGGCAGACCAGCUGACCGAAGAACAAAUUGCUGAGUUCAAGGAGGCCUUUUCCCUCUUUGAUAAAGAUGGAGACGGCACCAUCACGACCAAAGAGCUGGGGACUGUGAUGCGCUCACUGGGACAGAACCCCACAGAGGCUGAGCUGCAGGACAUGAUAAAUGAAGUGGAUGCUGAUGGUAAUGGAACAAUAGAUUUCCCUGAGUUUCUGACCAUGAUGGCCAGGAAGAUGAAGGAUACAGACAGUGAAGAGGAAAUCCGAGAAGCAUUCCGAGUCUUUGACAAGGAUGGAAAUGGUUACAUCAGUGCAGCUGAGCUGCGUCACGUCAUGACUAACCUGGGUGAGAAGUUGACAGACGAGGAAGUGGACGAGAUGAUUCGAGAAGCUGAUAUCGAUGGUGACGGCCAAGUGAAUUACGAAGAAUUCGUGCAAAUGAUGACUGCAAAGUGAAAGGGGUGAUGUUCCUGUGUGUGCACGGGCUGCAGUCUUUACUGAGGCACUGAAAUUUACUGAAAAGUCCAUGGACUGAAGAGCUGGAUAUUGGUGGAGUUAUCCCGAUGGGGCGACUGGAAAAGAUUAAAUCGUCAAUGCUAUUCUCAGUGUUAAGCUUUUUAAGUGUAUUGUUCUUCACUGUUAACGUCUGGUGAACUUUGCAUCGCCUGUUAUCUAGCAUGACCUGUGACUUUGUUUUAACAUGGUUUUGAGAUGUGCCAUAUAAUCUUCAGCUUCCAAUCUUCACACAAGACAACUUCUUAGAAAUCUAGAAUGUCUAUACAGUGGAUGAAUAUAUAUACACACAGUGUACGGUCUGCACUUUGGUGUAAAAAUAUAUGUUCAGUUACAGACUGGGAUGUUGCUGCUCCUUUUAUGAGUCAUUUGUCUCUUGCUCUUGUGGUUUCGUCAGAGCCUCUUGUUAAGUGCUCCAUAUCUCAUCUGCGCUUUGCUUGCAGUAUAACAGAAAAUAAAUGUUACCGAGAUCAGAUUCAGAGGGACAGUGAUUAUUCUGAAGACGUGUUUGUUUGGGUUACUGAAAAAAAUAUUGGUGAUCUCACUGUUGUGAACAAUGGCGGUGCAGAGUUUUACUGUUAAGAACGGUCCUUUUAAUGACUUUUGGUCAGUUGUAGAAAAUGAAGGGCGUAGUUGGCUCAAGGACUGCUCAUGAUGUGAAAAGUGUAUGAAUAAUAUGUGCAGUAUAUAUAUAUAAAUGUUUUCCAAUAAAAAUAAAUAUACAUUUA